AUAACAAACAUAUCUUUUAUGGGAUAAAUGUUUUGGAAUAAAAAAUAACUUUUGUGUUUCAAUAGAAAAUGGAAAAAGUGGAGAUUGCCAACGCCGUUGGAACCAGCUCAUCGGUUCCGCGGAACACCAGAAUAAUGGAAGGUGUCGGAGCUCGGGUCAUACGAGGCCCAGACUGGAAAUGGGGCAAACAGGAUGGUGGAGAAGGCCAUGUAGGCACUGUGAGAAACUUUGAGUCGCCUGACGAAGUCGUAGUGGUGUGGGAUAAUGGAACAGCUGCAAACUAUCGAUGCUCUGGCCAAUACGAUUUACGUAUAUUGGAUAGCGCUCCAACGGGAAUUAAGCAUGAGGGUACGAUGUGCGACACUUGUCGACAGCAGCCAAUUUUUGGGAUCCGGUGGAAGUGUGCGGAAUGCGGAAACUACGACUUGUGCUCUGUUUGUUAUCAUGGGGACAAACAUCAUCUGAGACAUCGGUUUUAUCGCAUUACCACCCCUGGAGGCGAACGGUUCUACUUGGAACCAAGAAGAAAAACCAAGAAAAUUGCUAUCAGGGGAAUUUUCCCCAGUGCCCGCGUAGUUCGUGGCGUCGACUGGCAAUGGGAGGACCAAGACGGGGGAAAUGGCAGAAGAGGAAAAGUGCAGGAGAUUCAAGAUUGGUCCGCAGCCAGUCCCAGGUCUGCUGCCUAUGUGGUUUGGGACAAUGGAUCCAAGAAUCUCUACAGGGUCGGAUUCGAAGGUAUGGCGGACUUGAAAGUCGUCAACGAUGCCAAAGGGCAGAACGUCUAUCGCGAUCAUCUUCCCUGCUUGGGGGAGCAAGGAGCAAGUCCCAGGCCUGCUGGACUAAAAAUCGGGGAUCAAGUCAAUGUAGAUUUGGAGUUGGAAAUCGUCCAGUCACUGCAACAUGGACAUGGCGGUUGGACUGACGGAAUGUACGAGUGCCUCAACAACAUCGGAACAGUUGUGGGUAUUGACGAAGAUCACGACAUAGUGGUUGCAUAUAACAGCGGCAAUCGUUGGACGUUUAACCCGGCUGUUCUUACCAAAGUCGCUACUCCUCCGAACUCAGCAGGCUUCAAUGAAACUCCGCAACAACAAUUUGCUGUCGGAGAUGUUGUGCAAAUUUGCGUCGAUGCGGAACGAGUCAAGAUGUUGCAACGGGGACAUGGUGACUGGGCUGAUGGAAUGGCGGCGACUCUUGGUAAAGUGGGACACGUACAGCAAAUUUACAAUGACAACGAUUUGAAAGUUGAGGUCUGCAACACCACUUGGACUUAUAAUCCUUUAGCUGUAACUAAAUUGGCUAGCAAGGACGGUACUACGCAUGGUACAACAUCUGGCGAAAGACUAAGUGCCCUUUUGAAGAAACUUUUCGAAACUCAUGUGUCCGGUGAUGUAAAUGAAGAACUAGUGAAAUCAGCCGCCAAUGGUGAUGGUCAAAAAUGCGAGGAAGUUCUUAAGCAAAGCAAUACUGCUGGAGCGGGCAUUGGGCCGGACGUGAAUGGCGUAUUUGCAGGCCAUACGGCUCUUCAAGCAGCGUCUCAAAAUGGCCAUCUCGAAGUAAUUACCGUUCUUCUUCGCUUCCAUGCCGAUGUGGAAAUUGAAGACAAAGACGGAGACCGUGCGGUGCAUCACGCAGCUUUCGGCGACGAGCCAGCGGUGGUUCAGCUACUUGCGCACGCGGGUGCCGAUUUAAACGCGCGGAAUAAACGCAGGCAAACGGCCUUACAUAUCGGUGUUAAUAAAGGACAUAUUGGCGUGGUCAAGAUGCUCCUGGACCUUGCUUGUCAUCCUAGUCUACAGGAUUUGGAAGGCGACACACCUCUGCAUGAUGCAAUAUCGAAAAAACGCGAUGAUAUGCUGACGCUGCUUCUGGACCACAGCGCUGACAUUACGCUGACUAACAACAAUGGAUUCAACGCUUUACACCAUGCGGCUCUUCGUGGAAAUCCAAGCGCUAUGAAGAUUCUGCUGGCCAAACUACCUCGCCCAUGGAUCGUGGAUGAGAAAAAGGACGACGGCUAUACAGCUCUUCACUUAGCUGCGCUAAACAAUCACGUUGAAGUGGCAGAACAGCUGGUUCUUCACGGCAAAGCCAACAUGGAUCUUCAGAAUGUUAAUUUGCAGACUGCUUUACACUUGGCUGUUGAAAGACAGCAUACGCAAAUCGUGCGGCUUUUGGUGCGAGAAGGUGCCAACUUGAACAUAGCGGACAAAGAUGGGGACACGCCCCUACAUGAGGCGCUUCGCCACCACACCCUCUCUCAGCUGCGCCAGCUCCAAGAUGUCCAGGACGUUGGAAAAUUGCUCAUGGGCUUAGGCACCCAAGGUUCCGAUAAGAAAUCAUCGGCAAGCAUCGCCUGCUUCUUGGCAGGCAACGGAGCGGAUUUGACCAUCAAGAACAAAAAAGGUCAAACACCACUUGAUCUGUGUCCGGAUCCCAACCUGUGCAAGACGCUGACUAAAUGCCACAAAGAGAAGCAGAGCGGCGAGAUGGACAUGGGCCCGAACCAGAACAUCCAAGGUCCGAAUCUCAGCUCCACUCUGGACGAAUGUCUGGUUUGUUCGGACUCUAAACGUGACGUACUUUUCCAGCCUUGUGGGCACGUGACUUGUUGCUCGGCUUGCGGCCCGAGGGUGAAAAAGUGCUUGAUAUGUAGAGAGUCCGUCUCUGGCAGGAUCAAGAUUGAGGAAUGUAUGGUUUGCUCCGACAAGAAGUCAGCGGUGCUGUUCAAGCCCUGCGGGCAUAUGUGUGUUUGCGAAAGUUGCGCUCAGAUUAUGAAGAAAUGUGUCCUGUGUAGGGCGCAAAUCGAACUUAUGGUGCCCAUGACUGUAUGCAGCGGAGGGCUUGGCACCAUUUGUGAAGUGAAAGCCGACGUGGAAGAAGAAACGCUGAAACCGCAACAGCCUGCGGCCAGCUCAGAAAUAAUUCCGCCCCAAGGGCAGAUUAUGAACAACGGCGGACGGGAUACCACUAACGUGAAUGAUAUUCAAAAACUUCAACAACAACUUCAGGAUAUUAAGGAGCAGACAAUGUGUCCCGUCUGCUUGGAUCGACUGAAAAACAUGAUUUUCCUUUGCGGUCAUGGGUUAUGCCAAAUGUGUGGAGACCAGAUGUCCGAGUGUCCGAUCUGCAGGAAAGCUGUCGAGAAGAGAAUUCUUUUAUAUUGAUUUUCGAUGGCCGUUUAACGCAACUCUCCUCAACACACUUCUCCCUAAAGUAUAAGGUUUAUUAAUCGUUUUUCUAUGUAGUCCUGUUGACAAGGUACGGCAUGUACGGUGCAUUAAAUAUAAGCUGUAUCGCAUUAGCAAUAUGUGUAAAUUUCGCCGCCUAAGGGUGAGAACAACAUGUUUUAUAAGGUUCUAGUGUAUUCGACUUCAAUAUUUCAAUAUGUAUUUAAUACUUUCUAGUUAGUAAAUAGUCCAAGUUUGUAAACGCAAGGCGAAAGUCCAGAAUAAAAGUAUAACAAAUAA